CUGAUAGAGAUGGCAGACUGUAGGUGUUGCCAAUACUGUUGAUCUAAUUAUAAGUUACUUUUCUAAGCACAAAACAAGAUCAGAAUGAUAGAAUAAAUAACUACGUUGGUGAAUAUCUUCUACAGUUCAAAUAGACAAAGCAUUACAAUUAGGCUGACAUACAUUCACUACCACAGGGAGCAGCUGAACAGAUAAUGUUGCAUUUUAGGGGACUCUGGGUAAACACAUAGAGGGGAAAAAAGAAUAGAAGGAGUUGGUGAAUAGGGUGAGGGAAGGCUGGUGUGGAGCUUAAAGUGACAUGAAUCAGAGGCUGAAUUAUUUGUUUCUGUGUUGUACUUGUUAUGUAAUUCUACAUUUUAAAAAAAACUGUCACUAAACAAGCAGCUGACCUAAUUUGUCUCCGUGGAAUGUCCUGCUGGGUCAGUUACCCUGGCUGGAUUCAUCAGGUUGUAAAUGGUACCCAUCACAGCAUAGGAAAUGAUCGCCUGUACUUUUAAUUAAUGUUAAUUAAAAAUAGAAACUUGUAAUUAUACAUAUAUCACAUUUAUUAGAUUUAGAAAUGGAAUCUCUAUAAUUAGUGUUUUGAUCUCAACAAAUAGGAACAGGAGUAGGCCAUUCAGCCCCUUGAGCCUGUUGUAACAUUCAAUGAGACCAUGGUUGGUCUGUGGCCAUAGAUCCAAUGAAAUACAUCCGACGCCAGCAGGUGUUUUCGUGGUAGUCGAUGUAGUAAUGUGGGAUAUAUUGGGACCUUUUUGUUUGUUGGGUUUAACUGCAUUCAGAUAUUAAUUACCCAAAUCUCAGAUUAAUGAAAUUAUUGAUGUCUAUCAGAGCAGGAACGGGCUACAAGGCCAUUGAUCUUGCUCUGCCAUUCGGCCAGAUCAUGGCUGAUUUACAGAAGUGCUAUUUUCCAGCUCUAUCCCAUAGCCCUUAAUAUUUUUAAAAAUGUUGAAAUCUAUCCAUCUCAAUCUUGAACAUACUCAAUGAUCCAGUCUCCACAGCUUUCUAGGAUAGAAAUUCCAAUGAUGCACUAUCCACCAACGGACAUGCACCAAGUUCCUCCCUAUCUCAGUCCUAAUUAGCCUUCCUCCUAUAUUGUCUUUUUGCCCUAGUUCUAGACUCUAACCAGCCUGCCAGCCCUCCUGAAAAACAUCCUUUCAGCAUAUACCCCUUCAUGCACUGUAAGAGUUUUGUAUGCUUCAAUGAGGUUGCCUUUCAUUCUGUGAAACUCUGGAGAAUACAUACCCAGUAUCCUCAAUCCCUGUUCAUAAGGCAGCAGUCCCAGAAAUCAGUCAGAUGAAUCUUCAUUGCACUACCUUUAUUGUAAGUAUAUCCUUGCUUAGAUAAGGAAACUAAAACUGCACUUGAUACUCCAAAGUCAGUAUCAUCAAGGCUUUACAGAAUUCAGCAAGACUCCUUUACACCUGCACUGAAAUCCUUUUGUAAUAAAGACCAAUAUAUUAUUUGCCUUCCUAAAUGCUUACUGCACCUGUAGUCCACCAAGGUGGCUUUGGAUUUUUCCCAAUUUCUCACCAUAGAAUCCGUUUAGGUGGAACUAAGAAACUGAAAAGGGCAGGAAACAUUGGAGGGUGUUAUUUACAAGCGUGUGUAAGAAUAGUAAUACAGUAACCAUUUGGGAUUUCAGUGUACAUUUAAACUAGUUGAACCUAAUUAAUAUUAAUAUUGUGGAGGAAGAAUUCUUGAAAUGUAUGAGAUGAUGGUUUUCUGGAGCAGGACAUCGAUGAACCAACUAAACUAUUUUAAAUCUAGUGUUGGACAAUGAGAAAAAGUGCUCAUUAAUACUUUCAUAGUAAAGGUGCCUUUAGGAAAAGAUUGAUUAUAAUGUAUAAUUUUGCAUUAAGGUUGGAAAUGAAUAUUUCGAUCAGAAACUAGGGUCUUCAAUCUAAAGGCAGCUACAAACAUGGGCAAAUUGGCUAUAGAGAAUUGGGAAACUAAGUUAAAGUGUAUGCAGUAGAUAGGCAAUGGCUAAGAUUUAAAAUAAAACCAGUGCACAGUUUACAAGAAAAAUAUAUCCUUUAUUGUAUAAAAUCCAGCAAGGAAAGAGUUCCAACUGUGGCUAACAAAAUAAAUCAUAGAUUGUAGCAGAUCAAAAGCAAGGCAUGUAAAGGUGCUAAAUUAAAUAGUAAGCCUGAGACCUGGGAGGAUUUUAGAAUUCUGCAAAAGGAAGACCGAGAAAAAUAUUUGAUAGGGUAAAAUAAAAUGAGUGUACAGUAGUGAGAAACAUAAAAAUAGACCGUGAAACCUUCUAUUGGUACAUUAAAAGGAAGAGAUUAGCAAAACCAAUUGUGGAUCAGUUACAAGUGGAGUCCAUAUAAUUUAUGAUGGGGAAUAAGCAAAGUGGCAGAGAAACUAACAACUAUUUUGAUUUGGAAUGGUUUCCAUAGACUAAGAUGUGGCAAAUGUAACCCCGCUGUUUAAGAAGGGAGAGAGGGAAGGAAAUACAGACCUGUAAACCUAACAUCAGAUCCUUUGAUAAGUGAUCUUUAAUCAACUCCCAACGUAUCCUGACUCUUGCUAUUUCCUAGAUGCACCCAGACACUUCAGUUCUUUCUAUCUUAACAUCCUUUAUGUCCAAUGAACUAGUCUCAUCCUUUACUAACAGCUCUACCCUAUCCUUUUCCUAUCCUUCCUAAAUGUCAAAUGCCCUUGAACGUUCAGUUCCUAGCCUUGGUCACCAUAUCUUGUUCGUAUGCUCCGUGCAGUCAGAUAGAAUGCCUUUAAUUUGUAUUUUAUUUCCUUCUACAUUGAGGGGAAGAAGUGAUUGUUUUGGGACAAAGCUCCUUAAUUCGGCAAAAGUUAAGAGGAGAUUUACUGGAGGUGUUUAAGAUCAUAAAUGGUUUAGUAGAGGAAAAUGAGGAGAGGCUUCCAGUGGCUGAAGGAUUGGUAACUGAAGGCUAUAGAUUUUAAGGUGAUUUGCAAAAAAAAAAGUUAGGUUAUGAAGCAAAUUUUUUUUUACAGACCGAGUGGUUAGGAUUUGGUUACUUUUUGAAGGAGCCAACUGGAUUACUUUUUGAAGGAGCCAACACACAAUUGAUCAGCUGAAUGGCCUCCCGUGUUGAACUAUUCUAUAAUUUAAUGCUGACCACUACCUGCUGUUCCUAAUCACUAAAAGAAGAGAUGGACCAAAUAAUUUUAAUGUGAUUACAAGGGGAAAGUGUGAAGUUUUGUGCCUCGAAUACUGUUCUUCCUUCCUUCUCCCAUUCCCAGUUUAAGAAUAUUUCAGGCUGUUUAAAUUGUCUCUAGUGGAGUUUAUUCUUACUAAAUCUUGAGUAGAAAUGUGACAAUAGUAUUUGCUUGAAAGCAAAAAACAAAUACUCACUACUGCUUGCAUUUUCUGGUACACCAAUUCACCACAGAACCUGACUAACUGCUCUUUGACUUUAUCAGGUGAGUUGAUAUAAAGUGGGACAGUGAGGGGGUAGAGGGGGCAACCUCACUGGCUCUUUGCUUGAUAUCAAGAUGUCAAACCCAAAAUUGGGAUAUCCUGUUCUGACGCCCUCAACAAGGGCUUUUGGGUGGAGUGAUGUCAGAAUGGCACCUGCUGUCAAUGAACUACAAAGAACUGAGAUACCCCCACACUUGAGGUGACUCUGAUGCUUUUGAAUAUUUUAAAUUCAGAAAACUUGCUUUACAUUUUCAGUCCUGAUCCUGGUAAUAUGCCUAUCAUCUUUAACAGUUUCACUCAAAGCACUCUCCUCUUCAGCUCAGGAAGUGGGCCUGUAGAGGUUUCAUUUGAUUUUUAUUCCACAGGAAUUUCGUUCCCUACUGGAUUCUGUUUCUUCUUUCCAGACAUCAUUACUGAUGCAGCAGGCAGAGAGGCUUUUGGACAGUUAUCUCUGCAUAAUAGUGCUCUUUCCUUCGUGCCAUGUAAUGGUAAAGGAGUCUGACCUCUUCCUGACAUGCAAUGUCAUACUGUUACUGCUGAACAAAGUUAAUUAGUACUUCCUAAAUUUGAAGUUGUUUUUCCUUUCUGAUUCAAAUGGAUGGCAGUUAAGAAUUACAUUUAAUGUAGAUAAUUCAUUCUUCCUUUCUUCUUAAGCAUCUCUCCUUUCCUCAAAUGGUCAUAGCUUAUCCUUUGGACUCCAGGUAUAAAUCCUUUGAAUAAUCUUUCCCUUUUUGUAAUUCAUUCAUGACUGGGGGUAUCGCUGGCUAGGGCAGUUUUAAUGCCUGUUCCAUUUCUCGCGGAGAGAUGGUGGUGAGCUGCCAACUUGAAUUGCAGAAGGAUGGAAGAGAAAUAUGGAAUUUGACCCAGUAAUAGUGAAGGAAACAAAUCUAGUUCCAAGUCAGAGUGGUGUUUGGCUUGGAGGGGAGCUUGCAGAUGGUGGUGUUCCAAUGUAUCUACUGCCCUCCAGGUGGUGGUGGUGAAGUUGUUGAAGGUCGUUCCUUUGUCAUUUUCCUGCUUUUUUUCCAGACACCUUGCUUCAGGCCACUGCUUUCUUUCACAGGGAGGCUGAAAUUAGCUGUUCUCAUUCUAGAUCAUCCAGUUUUCCGUAUCUAGGAAGGCUGUAUAGCUGUUGGACCAAAAGACUGGGAGCUUCCAAGUUAGUAAUAUCGUGUGAAGCUAGUGGGAUUGCUAGGGCUGACCCUGGAGAUAUUUCAAACCAAGGAACAUUCUAUAAUAGUGAGACUAAUGCUUGAGAAUGCACACAAAUGGGGAUGCAAACGCAAUAACAAUAGAAGCCUUUGUGUUGAUAUCCUCAUGAUAAUAGAAUUUCAAGGAGAUCAUGGUUGUCUGUGUGUGUGUUGUUGAUGCUGUACACAAAUUGAGUGCCACAUUUAUCCACAUUGCAAUGACAACUUAUUUAAAAUUACUUAAUUGACUGCAUAGCUUUUUGGGGCAUCCUGAUGUCACGAAAGGUGCAUCGAAAUUAUUAGAUAAUCUGUACAAAACACAACUCAUCUUUCAUGGUCAUCUCUGAGCAGGAGAAAUUCACUUCUCCACAAAUCCUCACUGAACGUUCUCCCUGCACAUCACCAGUAUAUUUUUUUGAAGGACUACUUUGACUGCAGAACUAUGUUAUCAACACAAAUUGACCAGCAUUAAUUUGUGAUUUUUAAAUGACAGAAGAUUAGAUUUAGGUUUUUGUCUUGGUACCAACCAGAAUGUGUUGCUGAAGUGAUGAAAAGCAUUAAAGAAAUGCAUUUUUUUCUUAUUUGGUGCCAUGCACACAGGAUAUUUGUUCCUGAACUUUUACGUUUUGAGCUACUCUGCAAGUUUUUUAAUACUUGCAUGUCAUGAUUGAAAGCAUUAUCUGACUUUUCUUAAGGAGUCGGCAGAGACUCCAAGAAGACUGAAGACAUCAUUGGGAAUGACGAGUUUGGAGUAUCUCACAAGAUCAUUUAUCAUUCAGCAGCUCUUGUCCUUGAGUUGACCUGCAAGAACUGGUUUUGAUGGCAGCUGUUUAGUCAGCUACGCAUUCAGCUUUUAACCAAAGGAUAAAUUAAGCCACGUCAGUGUGUUGGAGAUGCUGCCACAUGAACUUGCACCCCACUUUUGAGCCUACACAGUACUGCCUUUAGUGAGUCACGAAAGAGGGAAUAAUUAGUUUUGGAAUUUGCAAUGCUGAAUUCACUGCUGGGUGAGUGGAUUGCAAAUAGCCAGGGUAUCUUGGCUAUUAUGAUCCAGAAUACCUUUGUCUAAAAUUGGCCUUUUCCAAGCUGUUACCCUCAGCUCAAGCAAACAGGUUCGUGUCAGGGCAUUUCAUACCUCCAUUCACCAUACACCCUCAAGCCCAAUGAACAAAAGAUUUGAGAGUCUCUCAUUGUUUAGUAUCUUGAGAAGGACAUGCAUAUCCUCGUUGAAAGGACAAAUAGUUCCUGUUUUCUCACUUGCAUUUCUUGGAUUAUGUCGGAUUUCCCAAAAGCAGUUAGUCAGGUGCAUUUUGUGGUUAAAAACCCAUCAUGACUUUCUGAUCUUUGUGGCGUUAUCAGCAUGCCCAAGUGAUCUCUAAUACAUUAGCUUUUACAUGCAAUAUAGAUUACAACUAUUUAUAAAACAUUGUUUCAAUUUUAAUAAAAGAAGAGCUAAACACUUUUUUUCUUCCUUUCUUCCCUUCUCUACCAUUGAAGAAAUGCUCAACUAUGCACCCAGGCGAUAUCCCAGAGAAUCUUAUGAAGAAAGUACACAAUACGAUGGCCUUCCCUAUGGUGACUAUGAAUCUCCAUCUCACAGAUCGGAGAGAUGGAGGAAUAUGUCCAGUCAGGCAGAAAUGCCUUCUGAAGACCGUAGAAGAUAUUAUGAUGAUGCUUCCUAUUCAGCUUCAGCAAGAGAGAAUUUCUUGGAUCACCAUGAGAGAGACGACCGCCAUUCACAGUAUAACGAUUUAAGGGGCCCUGUUGAACCCAGUGGGGAUCCAGGGCUGUUUGGAAGAUCAGUAAAUUCCAAUGACAGUCCUACCAUGAGAGGAUCUGGAAUGUACAGAAGAUCAGUGAGCCCUGUUGAGUCUAGAGAUCGGUCAGGCUCAUACAGAAGACAAACAAGCCCAAAUAAUUGGCAGUCUCAAAGUUCAGUUAAUGACUCAAGAGAUUACCAAUUCUACAGGCGAUCCCAAAGUCCCAGUAGCAGAGAUGGUCUAAGUUUAUACAAUAGAUCCCAAAACCCUAUUGAUACAACGGGACAUGCAGAAGCACACAGGAGAUCCUGGAGCCCUAGUAAUGAGACCAGGGAUCAAGGAUCAGACCCUAGAUCUAGAAGUCCUGUUAAGGCACCAGAUGCAGAGUUAUACAAGUUAUUAAGUAAUGUUAUUGAUAAUGCUCGGCGUAUGGCAGCUAGUAAAAAUGAUCCCUCACAUACAUCCUGGAGAGACCCAUCCAGGGAUUGCCCUCAAAUGGAUUCUUCUAUUUAUCAGUCCACUACAUCCACAGAUGGGUUCCAUGCAGCUGAGGAUUACAACCCUCGCUUGAACCAACGGAGUUCUGUUCGUAAAAACAUAGAAACCUCCAGAAGAGGUCCUUCUUAUCCUAAAGUGCCUCCUAAAAAUGCAAAAGGACCUUUGCUUAAGCGUCCAAAGGUUCAAGGGCGACAUGGCCUUCUGGGGAGGGCUCCGGGCCUUCUGGGGAGAGCCCCAGGCCUUCUUGGUACAGCCCCUGGCCUUCUAGGGGCUGCCCCUGGCCUUCUAGGAGCUGCCCCUGGCCUUCUAGGGACAGCUCCUGGCCUCCUAGGAACGGCCCCUGGUCUUCUAGGGACAGCCCCAGCUGGUUUAGUGGGGUCUUCUGUGUCCAGCAUGCCAGUGAACACCUACGAAAAUGUUUCCUCGGACUCUUCCGUUCAUUUGUAUUCAUUGGGGAAUAUGUCCGCUCUAGGUAGCCAAAUGGAACUGGGACAGCAAAUCAUAAAAUGGGCUGGUUUUCACAGUGUUGCUGUUGACCAUUCCACAAAAAAGAAGUUUGAUCCCAAUACAGACACCUAUUCUAAAGUAGCAACAGCUUUCCAGUGCCUAAUGGCAAAGCAACAUCAUGAUAUCUGUGAUUCAACAUUAGUAACACAUUUAGGCCUCACAUACCCUGUGAUCGAUAACUCUUUUGUAUCUCUGUUGAUAAGGAAGAAUGUCAUUACAAGUAGGUUAGAGUUGGAUGAUAUUGUACAUCAAGAAGAAUCUCUUUUGCAGGAGAUACAGAGCAAGCUGCUGGAAUGCAUAGGUCCGCUUCUUGUAGUAAGCAGUAACCAUGAGCAGAGCUCUAAGUCGCAAAGUUCACAGGCCCCUAAUGAAAUUAUGAGUGAGCUAGAGCAUGCAGUCACAGCUUGCCGCCAAUCAAUGGUAUUCAUUGGGCAAAUCUUUGCUUUUGUCAGCGAGGAAAGAAGGAAAAAUCUGUUGCGCAAGACUGGGCUGAUCUCAGUGGCUCCGAAGUAUGAUUAUUUUGUGAACCUGGAAAGCAAUCAGCUGUUUGGGAACAAAUAUAUAAAUGAGCUGAAGAACCGAGUGGAGCAAAUCUACCUCCCUCCAUUACAUAGCCAGGUUUCUUGUUCCAGUAAGUUUGUGUCAAAAGUGGAUGAACAAUCAAAGAAAGAUGCAGCAAUCAAGCCUUCUAAAACUUCGUCUUUGGCAGAUGCCAAAGCCAGCAAGCAGCCAGAAACGGGUUCUUCAGCACCAGAUAACAGCGGUGGACAGAAGACUGCACCAACUAAUGACAGUGACCAGAGCAUGACAGAGAAAGAUGCACCAUCAACAGCUGGUGAGAGUGUCCACCCUCCCGAAGACUUGCAGGUCAAGACCAUUAUUGAUAAACUGGCGAUGUUUGUAGCAGAGAAGGGUGAAGCAGCAGAGAAAGCAGUCAUCCAGCACAAGAAAGAGGACUUCAAAUAUGGAUUUCUGCUUGACCCAAAAAGCAACGAGUACAAGUAUUACAAGCAGAAAGUGGCACAGUUCUCUAAAGAAAACACCUGUCAGUCGGGCGUACCUGCUGCUGUUGAGAACAAAGGGUCAGAAUGCAACACGUCCACGGACAACACAUCCAGUGGUCUCCAAGUAGAGUUCCUGAUGGAGGUUGAAAGUUCAGCAACUUGUUCGACUGCAGAAGAAGGUGAUUCUCUCAGUGACACCAAGACAAAAACCACUGCGGAAAAACUGGCCAAGUUUGUGGCUGAAUGUGGUCCAGACCUGGAAGAGAUUGCCAUCGAAAACAACCGGGAUAAUCCAACUUUUUGGUUUCUCUACGAUGAGAAUAGUUCUUACUACAAAUACUAUAAGGAGAAGGUGAAGGAAUACAGCGGGAUGAUAGAGAAAUCUGAUACUUCCAUGGAUCCUGCACCGGAGGCAGCAUCUUCGGGGCGUUCAGUUCUUCCGAGAAAACGGAAAGGCCUGACUUUGAAAGUGGGCAUGCUGCCUCCCAAAAAAAUCCGCCCAAAGGCUGCAACAUCACCAGUCCGAGAGUUAAAGAGAAUUGGUUAUGACAAACCAACGUACAAACCGAAGAAAAAGACGAAAAGUGAGGAUCUAAAUUACACUAAAAAUAAGCUGGCAGUGGACAACGUUGGGUACAAGAUGCUGCAGAGGAUGGGCUGGAAGGAUGGUGAGGGACUGGGCUCAGAAAAGCAGGGAAUCAGAGACCCAGUCAACAGAGGUGUGACAUCGACAGACAGGUCUGGGCUAGGAGUCGGCGUCACUGCAGAAAAGGAUGAGGUGGAUAAUGAGUUUGCAAUUUUCCGUAAACGGAUGAUGGUGGCAUUCAGAUCCAAGCUGCUGUCUAAAUCCUAGGUUAAUCUUGGGUGUGUGAUGCUGGGAGUUGCUGAAAGUGGAGGAUGGUCUUCAUGGCACAAGCAGAGAAGAUUUGAGGCCAUAAGAAGUGAAGUGACCUGAAAAUGCAGAAUAUUUAAAAUGGAAGCUAUCCAGUGGAGGAAUGAAUGAUGGAGCACAUUAUACCUAGUAACCUAGUAACUUGCUAUACUUGGUAACUUACUGUACAUGGUAACCUGACCACACAUAACAACAAAAUCCAGACCUCUGAUUGGAUAAGUUAGAAUAUCCAAUCAUUUAGCUGGAACCAAAUGUUUGUGUAUCUGGUUGGCCAACCCAGGUGUAUACAUUUGAUCCUUUUCAUGUCAGAGGAUGAACAGUUAUAGGAAAUCAGUAAUGCACUUGUUUAAUUUUCAUCUUUUUUUACAAUGUGUCUUAACGUAUUCUCCAUUUUAGGUGUCAUUAUUUUCUGUAGCAAUUUGAUUAGCCUUUCCCCAGUGCUUGCUUAAUCUUUCUCUCUCUCUCUCUCUCACUCUCUCUUUCUGUCUCUCACGUUCUCUCUCUCUCUGUCUCUCUUUCUGUCCCUCACGUUCUCUCUUUCUCUCUUUCUCUGUCUCUAUAUAUUUAUAUAUAUAUAACCCAGUUUCAGGGGUAAUACCUUGAAUGUUGCUUUCGCACGCCCUGGUAUUAGGUAAGUAUCUGUCAUAGUUGCCUCUUCAGUGAUUUGCAAGUGGAGCAUUGGUGUCUGCCCAAACCACAUUCUUGCAGACUGCAAAUGGAAACUCUCCUUGUAUCGUGACAUUUCAUAAAAUACAACCAGCCAUUACCAAACUAAGUAUUAAUCUAGGGACAGUCUACAUCACUUAUUUUUUUGUUUCUGGGGACAGUCUCACACCAUCACAGGCAGAAAAACAUAUAAUGGAGCACGAGGGGAGAAAAUUAUUCAUUUGUUCCAACAGCUGAAAGAAGCUGUGUUGAAUGAGAGUUUUGACAAGAGAUGAUUGAGUGUUGGUAUUGACAUUGCUGGGUAAGAUUUGUAGGGAAACCAUUAACACAUUUAUAGAGUUAACAUUUCCAGCAUUGCCACACAUUGCAGUCUUGCCCUUCACAAUGCCAACAAUUCCACAAGAUUCUGCUGACCUUCAAAUUGCACUGGCCCUAUUACUGUAAUGUGUGCCCUGAUCCAAUUGGGCAAUGGUACAGGCAUGCAAGGAUAAUCCUACAGAGGGUGCACAGUUGGGGUAAGGACGGAUUCUCAUUUAACCAGCUGUAUGGCCUUGGUAAGGUGUAUGUGGGUGAGAUGACAGCACUAGACUGAAAAUGCAUCAAGAGCCUGGUAGGGAGACACACAGCCCUGAUGAAAACGUUUUAUAGAGCUGCAAAUUGUAAACAGUAUUGUAGCAAAAGUGCUUGUUCGAAUUCCUGUGUUUCUGUGCUGUUCUCUUGACUUAGCUGUCGUGUUUGUCGUGUUAUUUAUAUCAGUAGUCAAACAUUGUGAGAUUUUGCUGAAUUAUUUCGUGUUGCUUCACUUAACUCAGUCACUGUGCUUGCUGUGGUGGCAUCAUUUACUGCUGAGUUAACCUACUCUGCACAGCUGUACUGAAGGUGCCACCAGAGUGUUGUCAACCUUUGGGUAGUGAAAGAGUUAAAGAGAGUAACCAUUUCUUACAGAUGCAAAAUUUAUAAUCUGGAUAUACUGAAAAAAAAAUAAAGCAAGUGUGCUGAAAACUUG